AUCCUCAUCCUGAGCUGGAAGGGCACGCACCGGUCUAAAGGCUGGCAAGGGAGAGAAGGGAAAGGGGUUUUAGCAACGAGUUUUCAACAAAUAGGCAAGCUUCGGAGCAGCGCACGCAUCACACUUGUGAUGAAAAGCAGUGCGGUCCGGAGCGUGGUAUGCGCAUGAUGUGUGUGUGCGUGGAAACAUGCAUGCAUGUCCACACAGGCAGAGAGGUUGGUGGCGGUAGCCCUGUAAAGAUUCCUGGUUUAUCCCCCUGAAAUCAAUACGUCUAUUGCUGGGAGUACAUCUUAAUCCUCGCAUCAGGUGGAUCGGGAAUCCGGUUUGCUUGUUUGUUUGUUUGUUCGUCUGUCUCCCUGCAUUGUGCCCGUCGGGCUCACAGGGCUGGACAGAAAAUCCCAGCGUGUUUCCUAUUGCACUGCCUGUUCCCCACCGAAGCAACGUCACCUCAAAUAUGCCAGUAAAUUCCUUACCGGGUUGGGAACGUAAUUGGUUGAAUGUUUUCUGUAACCUGACUAGCCAAUAACACUCUGAGAAAAAAUUUUAGAACAACCUAGCUAUGACAGAUGGUGAAAAUGACUUGACACUACAAGUGUGAGUCAAUAUUAACUAGAGAUCAGAUACUUGCCGCACUCAUUAGAAAUAUCAUAAUACGCCGAAGAGGCUACGUGUGCCGCUAUAUUUCCGGUACAAGGUCCCUUAUUUUCAGACAAGUGCUUUCCAAAUGGUUGCCCUUGUCACUUCUGUUUUAACAACAUCUGCUAGCUCGCAUAAGCUCUGGCCUUGAUAACUUGCGUUCCUCUGAGCCAGGAUUAUUAUUGGCAGACCUUCUUCUUGCAGUUUCUCCUCCUGAAAGCAGAUAAUAAUUUAUGCAAAACAAUUAGUGGAAAAGAAGAAAGGGGAUGAGACGUAAAACCCUCUUAGAAGUGCAAGGAUCGUGGAACAAAUGGAAAGGAAGGAAAAAAUAAGAGUAAACGACAAACAGCAGUUAGGCAUAAUAACUACAGUUACAAGAAGUGAAGUAGCUGUAUAUUUCAGAUGUAAACCGCAAUAAAUAUGUAACUGCAUUUCCAAAAUUUAAACUAACGUUUUAAUCUCAGUCAAUAGAAAUCAAUAAAUGUCAUAGGAAUAGGAACCGAUACUGAACCAGAACAAGAAGUCAAAGCUCUUUCUGCAUUCAAAUAUCAGCGGCGCGUUUCCUUAUUCUCAAGUUUGCAAAGGAUUCUUAAAACCUUAUAUAUGCAGUUGUACGGAAACUGAUCGCCAGCAAUAAAUAAUGCAUCCAAGGAAGAGGCUUGAGUACGUAUCUUCUCACUUUCAGGAUGCAGCUAGGGAUCUUCGCCUCAAUUCUACAUCAAGGUUGUGACUUAAAGUAGUCAAAAGGCUAUAUAAUUGUCAGGAAAGGCUUCCCCCUGCGGAACUCUCUCCGCAUGUUACAACCUCUUUGCAGCUCAGCUCCAUAUGCACCUCUUUUUCACACUUCCCUCUCCAUCUCGGGCUUCUACACCUGGUGCAUCACGCAUUUAGCCCAUUAGCUCCGGUUCUUCCUUUCAUCUUCCCCAUGGCAGACGUUUCUAUUUAUCCACUGGCAAUCAAUGUGUGGCGUCACCGGUGGUACUGUAAUGACGACUGCACCAUUGAGAAUGACAGCUUAGAAAGAAGAGGGCAAUGGUGAUCCCUCCCAGAGCAGCACAGCAGAGUGUAGCGCUCGCAUCACAAGGUCACCCUGUCUCACCGCUUGCUCCUCUGCAUUGGCAGGAGAGGGUUGCUGGGUUUGCACAAGGCUGGGGCGGGAGCGGGAGGGAGGGGGGGAAGAGAUCUGGAUUUUUUUCCCCCCUCUCUUAAGCAAAGCCACAAUGGAAACCAGGAAGGAGAUGGUGAUGUUUCUGGAAGGGACACAACUUGGCGCUCUAGUUGGCAAGAGGGUACCUAAUUUGUCCGAAGCAGUGGGGAGCCCCACUCCGGAGCCGCAGGAGAAGAUGAUCCAUCGGAACUGCCUCAGCCCCAGACCUGGCCCCUUGUCGUCCCGGGAGAGAGGAGGAGGAAGAGAAGGUGGUGGAGAAGAAGACGAAGAGGAGGUGGAGGUGCUGCCAGGGACAGGGACGGUGCCGGAAAGCCGCUCGGCGGCGGCAGCACUGCUUUCGGCCGGACAGCAGCCCCCCGUCCCGGACCCCCCUUCCAGCAAAGGGCAGCAGAGCAGCUCGGACACUGAGUCGGAUUUCUAUGAGGAAAUCGAGGUGAGCUGCACCCCGGACUGCGCCACGGGGAGCGCCGAGUACCAGCACAGCAAAGGGCCGUGCUCCGAGGCGCUGGCCGGCAGCCCCAGCGACGGGGGGGAUCACCCCAAGGGCAGCGGAGGCAGCGGCGGCUCCCAGGGCUCGCUGGCCUGCAGCGCCAGCGACCAGAUGCGCCGCUACCGAACCGCCUUCACCCGCGAGCAGAUCGCCCGGCUGGAGAAGGAGUUUUACCGGGAGAACUACGUGUCCAGGCCCCGGAGAUGUGAAUUGGCGGCUGCUCUAAAUCUGCCAGAAACCACAAUCAAGGUUUGGUUCCAAAACCGCAGGAUGAAGGACAAGCGGCAGCGCCUGGCCAUGACCUGGCCUCACCCGGCCGACCCGGCGUUUUAUACCUACAUGAUGAGCCACGCGGCGGCCACCGGCAAUUUGCCCUACCCGUUCCCGUCCCACCUGCCCCUGCCCUACUACUCCCACAUGGGCAUCGGAGCCACAUCAGCCUCGGCCGCCACUCCCUUCAGUACCCCCCUGAGGCCGCUGGACACCUUCAGGGUCCUCUCCCACCCAUACCCGAGACCAGAACUGCUCUGCGCCUUUAGGCAUCCCUCUCUCUACCCUGCCCCAACUCAUGGACUCAGCAGCGCUGCUGGCAACCCCUGCUCCUGCCUGGCUUGCCACAGCGGCCAGUCUAAUGGGCUGGCACAGAGACCCUCCGGAUCAGAUUUUACCUGUUCAGCCACAACCAGGACUGACUCUUUCCUCACUUUCACACCCUCUGUGCUGAGCAAAGCCACUUCAGUUUCCAUGGACCAGAGAGAAGAAGUACCUUUAACGAGAUAAACCUUCGUCUCAGGGUUACUAAAAACUCGUCCCUCUCCCGAGUUUCUCUUCCAGUUAAUGUACCUACAGCCGAUGUUUAUUUAAUCGUGUUCUCUCCCCACAAGAGGACACGUAUGGAAAAAACAAACAAACAAACAAAAACCAAACAAAAAAGACUAAAAAUAGCUCAGUCUUAAAAGGAUUUACAUUUCAAGGGGGAAAAAAAUGAAGAAGGAAAGGAAUAACUAGUGGUAUAUCUCUGAGAAGGAUUUUAAGCACGGAAGAGGAAGAAAACCAACCCGAAUGAAAGUCACUUCGGUAACCUAUAGAAAUGAGCUGGGACUUUUCUUUUUCCAUGGGUAGACUUCUUACCAAGGGCUGGGGCGUCUGCAGAUCACAGCAACAAACCGUAUGCACAAACCUAUGAGACGGAGAAGGAAAAUCUGAAAUACUUGAAAGAAACAUUAUAUUGAUAACGAAAUGGCUUGUGCGCAUGAAGAAAGCAAAGAUGUAACCUACCAGAGUGUUCAGAAAAUAAAAACAACGAGCAAACAGCAAAAACAAAAGGUUUCUGGAUUUCAGCUGAACAGUAUUAUCCAGUUAUCUCUAUAGAGAAAAACAAUGCUUUAUUAUAAAGAAACACUGGCAUUCUGUACAUUACUUUCGUGGUUUAAUUGUAUUCUUUACUCUCCCUUGUCUCCUCCUUCGUUUCGAGCAGAAACCCAGCAUUCCAUCUCCUCUUUCAUUCCAGCUUUUAGUUUUAAGAGGCAGACUGGAAUUGGCAGGGAAAAAAUACAAGUUUCUGCCUCUUUAUGGGUCAGAGCUAUUUGUCCUUUAAAUAACAACGUCUUAUUAUCAGUCUCUGAAAUGUGCACACACUGACGAAAUUAGCAAGUGAUGUAUAUGUAAGGAGGGGUUUUGAAUAUCGAAUGUAUAAUGCUCUGUGAGCAGAGACCCCGAGCCAAACGCUAACAAGCCGCCAAGGGAAGAGAUUAGGUGACAGGGAGCACAACUCCUUCAGACAAUCACUAAUCUGUAAACUCGAGCAAAGGCGAUUUCCCUUCCUUUGUACUUCAGCCUUCAGUUCUCUCACUGACUUUUCCUUUCUGCCAUUUUUUUUUUUUUUUUUUUUUUUAAAUUCAUGCGUUGGGUGUUGUGUUUCCUUCUCCACCCCUAAUCUUUGCAUUUGUAUGUGUUCCUCACACUGGUGGUCCCUUUUGCUUCUCGAGGAGGAUUUCUUUCACAAGACACACACCCCCCCACUUCAGGUAUUUCGGAAGGAGGUUUCAUCAUUGCUUUUGCUUGGCUUUCGGUCAACCUAAAAUUAAAAAAAAAAAAAAAAAGAAAAGAAAAGAAAAGAAAAGAAAAGAAAAGAAAAGACACCGGGCUGGGUAGUAGGUUCUUCCAAAACCGGAACGGUUUAUUUCGUUCUAUUUUAAAAUAACCCAAAGAAUACACUAUCAUAAUUUGUUACAACAAUAACGCCAACAACGGUAAAGACAACAGACACGUUUUAACAACAUAUCACUCACAUUUUUAUUGUGUUUGUUAAAAAAAAAAAAGUAAAAUUGUUUUUUAAGACUAAUGUCACCUUCGUGCAGUUUCUAGUAGUUACAGUUCAACAAGCAGGAAAAUAAAUGCUGGACAGAACAAAGACAUGUUGACACCUCCGCUAUCUACUUUGUGUUAAAUUGCUGAGGAGCCUCUGGUUUAUUGUCACACCGGAGACUUUUUGUCUUUAGAAGAGAGAGUGAAUAGCAGCAUUUCCCUAUAGCGGAUGAAGAGCAGGGAAGAGACACGAGCGUCACAGAAUAUAUUUUUCCAAUUAAAAAAAAUUGUUUAUUAGAGCUUUUAAAAACCCGAUCCAAAGUCACCAGCUUUAAAUCAUUAAGGGCAGAUUGUCCCACCCUUCCUGAAUGAGAUGUCCUCAUCGGCAUAGAAACCGAUGGCCCUUUUUGGACACUCACGAAUAGAUUAUUCCCCCCUCUUGCCCCCGGAAAUAGUAAUUGCGAACAGCGUCCAAGGGCAGCGACGAGGAACACCCGAUCUUUCCAAGCCUUUCCCCUCCUCACUUUGUCUUUUAGCAGACAGGAGAAUAUCCAGUGCAACAAACCGGGAGCUGCGGAGCAAGUGGCUGAUACAAUCCCCACGGCGACCCCGAGAGAACGGAGCGCUGAAGAGGCCGGGGGACAGAUCAGCGCUGCCCAGCAAAACCGCGGUGUCAUGGAUGGCCCACGACCCCCCUUUCCCCGGCCAGGCGGAGGCACCUGCUGGGCCGCGAUCGCGGGGCAGGACCCGGCCAGGGCUGCUGCCGGGGUCGCCUGCGGAAAGACCGAGGCACCACUUUGCUCUUGCGAAAUGCCCAGUUCGCAAAAUGCCAUCGGCUAGGGCGCAGGACAAUAUAUAAUAUAUAUUCAAGUACAUAUAAUUUCUAUAUCUAGGUGUGUAUGAGAGAGAGAAUAUUUAACCCGUUGUGUUCCUCUUCCACCAUAAAGAGAAAAACCCCGCUUAUUCGAGCGGGCAGCGGGGACGCAGAGACCGGGAGCGUAGGACGCGGCUCUCCCGCAGCAGACACGGUCCCCGCUCUCCCUUACUGCUCCGGGUGGCCAUUGCCCCCCUCCCAACCGCCCGUUCUUGGAGGAUGCUGCGGCAAAGGGUGGCUGUGAAUUUCUCCGCGGCUCGGUCACAGGGCAGAGAUUGGCUGCGACAGGUAAAUAGGCUGAGGGUCGCAGUAAUGCCAAGAGUAUUUUCAGUUAAUAGGGGAGGGAAAAUGAGGUGUCUGGAACGAUAUUGGAAAGUACAAGAUCGAUGAUCCGUCCUCGUGUCCAAUCAGCAGCCUUUAAUUGACUGUAUUUUCUAGGUAAUUGAGCCGCUGUGCUUCUAAAUUGAAGUGGAAGAUAUAACAAUACAUCUCACUGGGAGGAAUUACUCAUUACUUCAUAAUGAAAUUUUCCUUUUGCUGCGUGGGGACGGUGCCGUUAACGCCUUCGCCGCCGGUGGGGGUCCCCGCAGCCCCACGCGGGGCGCCGCUUCCGGGCACGCGUGGGGCAUCGCCGGCGACGGGAGCAGACACGGGGCACCCAGCCGACAGCAGGUUCCGCCUCUGGCCUCGAGUCACUGCCACCAAGCAGACAGGUUUCCCUUGCCUCGCCCUGGCCGGGGAUGAGACUCUUCGGGAAUCAGGGUGAGGCCCGAGCCCGAGCCCCGCGGGGAAUUGCCCUCGCUGCUGCCGGGCGGGCGGUGGGCACUCGCCCCUUGUCACCAACGGGCACGGAGCUGUCCCUACCCCAUGUGCCGCAUCGGCUCCGCUUCCCAGCCAGCCAAAUUCAGCUCCGAAAGGCCUUCCCCGUCUUGUUAGCGUUUGAUUGAUUGCCUUAUUAAAGCGUGUUCUUGUAAGUGUGACCGAGCUGAUUGCACUGCAUAUGUUUGGGAUAAUGCUCAUUUUAAACAACUGAAUAAUAAUACUGCUAAUAAAAAAAGGACUAGAAGAGAAAGAAGAUGAGCUCUAGAGAAUGGGUUAAGCCUAAACGAUCCCGCGGAGCAGUGCUGUAACUCGCGCAUUAAAUUGCUCUGUUACUAUCAAAUCACUCGGCCCUUUUCGGCUCUACUCAGACCAUCUCCGUUGUGUUUUAUGUGUCACCUCCUGUACCAUUAAGUGAGAUAGCACCGAGCCUACCGCUCACUUUCCCGUCUCAGGCUAUAUGUUUUUAUUACGGUUGUAUGAUGAAACUGGAUCGGAUCUGCUUUCCUAGCACUAUUCUUUACUCCAGCGCUCAAAUCAUUAGAAAAUCGGCUCUUCAUAUUUCAUAUUUUCUGCUGGGUUGUUAGGUCGUUUGCCGGCACCUGCAGAAAGGCAUGUGGCUCCUUUAGUUUUUGGCGUGUACAUCUGAAGAAUCCUUUUGUUUUCUAUUAUUCUCCUGCUUGCCUGGCUGCUUUAUUUUACUACUGAGUUUAGUCCCUGAAAACACCCUCCGCCAUAUGUCACCCCAAGGCCCGCUGUCUUGCCGCUUACAAUAGCGUCACCCUGGGGUAAAGCCAACGUCAGGAUGAGCUGGAGUCUCGUUAACCCAAAUGGCUUCAUUUAGGUGCAUCAGGUUCCUGAGUGGAUGUAAGGGGGAAGGGAAACUAGUCCCACGUCCUUUUGAUGCAUCCUUCACCCUGGAGCCCCUCGCUUGUUGCCUGCUUCCUCCAGAUCUUCCCGCUGUUGCUUUUGUAAAGUGGGAGGGUCCCGUCCCCCCUCAGCACCCGCGGAUGGGCUGACUUCCGUGCGAGUCUGGAGAGCUGGUAUCGGGGAGGGAGUGCGGCUAGUGUUGGUUAGGGCAGGUACCUACUGAAACUGGUCCCUGUCUUUGGAAAGUUUUUCUUCUUUUCUCUCUCUCUUUUAAAUAAAGGGAUGAA